UUCUCUUUUUUUUUUGCUAAUUAUUGAUUGUUAGCUUGUUUCUUUGUUUGUUAUCCUUUGUAUAUUUGUUUUAUAACUACUAAUUGCAUAGCUUAUUAUAAUUGUUAGCUUUUACUUCCUUUUGUAAGUUAAUAUGUAGCUAUCUUUCUUUUGUUAAUUAAUAAUUUUAAUAGUCAUUAAAUUUCCUACUUAUUUUAAGAUUUUAAGAUUGUCAAAGUCUGGACUAUCGCCGUCAAAGAUGUUCACGCUAUUAAAGCGUGCAAGAUUUAUAAAAAGUAUAAGUAGGUGUAUGUAUAUACUUUUCCUUAAUUUAAUUUUUACAGGUAAUAAGAAAGUACUUGUAUGUAUUUCUCCAUAUCAUUUCUAAAAUUUGACGGCACACUUAAGGAAUUUGGCCGCUGCCCAGUCAUUGAGAAUAACUGUCAUUCUUAAUAAAUUAUUUUUUUAAAAUUAAUAGUUAAUGUGAGGCAAUAAAAGACUCAUAUUGAUUAAAUUAAUGGAUUGUGUGUAAAUUUCAACAUAAUUAUAACCCAUGCAUUUAUUAACAUUCGUUUUAUUUGUGUAGAAUUAACAUUUUGGAUCAUAGAACCAGAUGAUCGAGAAGUAUUAGAGGGUCAGGCAUUCAUUGCAUUGCAGAUGGACAUCCAAACCCGAUCAUAUCUUGGUACAAAUAUCAAAGUAGCGGAGGUUUCGUCAACGGAAGUAGAAUCCACGUGGGAAACAACGGAACCUUAUCCGUCCACUCAGCCGGAAUGAAAGACGGAGGAAUGUACGAAUGCGAAGCGGACAACGGCAUCGAUCACCCUCUCAAGAAAACCGUUCAAGUGAGGGUGAAGGUUCCGGCAAAGUUCGAGGAGAAGUUCGCUGUGGUGAACGUGAAGAAGGGGGACAGCGGUAGAAUGAAAGAUGAAGCCCUCGGAGAUCAACCCCUCUCCAUCACCUGGCAGAGGGAUGACGCUACCAUCAGCAAAACUGGUGAUGAACGAUUUGGCUGCGCUCCCUGUUUAUGUGUUAUGGAAAUAAUGAUAAUGAGUUCUAUUAUUUGACUGCAAGGAAAGAUUGUGUUCAUAAGAAAUAAUUGUAUUUUUUUUUCAACUGUCACCAAAUGAAGGAGGAGCUUAGCAUCUGUAUAUUCUUUGUAUAUAUAAUGAACAUAAAAUUGUUUGUGUUUGACAUAAAUUAUUUUUAAAAAAAAUGAGAUUAUUGCAUUAUUUUCAAUAAAGGCUUUCAUAGCAUGUUAA